GAAAUAAUGCUCAUUACCUGCAGAAGCAGUCCUGCAGAUGGCCAAACGUUGCUAGACCCGACAUAAACUAGUUAUAUUUUCUGGCGAGGAGGGACGUCGUUUCUUUACAACAUAAAAUGCUGCUGAGAUGAAGAAAACGUGAUCGCAGGCGUUGUCGGAUGCAGGCAGGCGUUGUCGGAUGCAGGCAGGUGUUGUGAUCAGGAGCAGCGGGCAGGACUGCAGGUAUGGACACCUGGACACCCAACCCAAGAGCCAAACCCUUCAUCCCCCGCCAGCAGCGCAGCCUCUACCUCACAUGGAAAUACAGACUCACCAACAAAAGAGCAGUACGACGAAUCUGCCAGGCCAGUGCUGUCCUGUUUCUACUGAUCACAGUGAUUGUGAAUAUCAAACUCAUUCUUGAUACAAGGAGAAUAGCCAGUGGGGAGGAUACAGCUCAAGAGUAUGAUGAUGCCCUGCCUAACAUGGAAACUCCACAGAGACCAGCCAGUGGGAGGAAGGUUUUGGAUAUCGAGGUGUACUCUAGUCGAUCUAAGGUUUAUGUAGCAGUGGACGGUACCACUGUUCUGGAAGAUGAGAUGAGGGAGCAGGGCCGAGGCAUACAUGUUAUAGUUCUAAAUCAGGCAACUGUUCAUGUCAUGGCCAAAAGAGUGUUCGAUACUUAUUCUCCCCAUGAGGAUGAAGCCAUGAUCCUCUUCCUCAACAUGGUCACACGUGGCAGAAUCCUCAUCUUCACUAUUAAGGAUGAGGGGACUUUCCACUUGAAGGAUGCAGCGAAGAAUCUUCUGAAAGGUUUGGGUAGUCAGGUAGCUGUCACCUUAGGCUGGAGAGAAAUGUGGACUCUGGUCGUGAAGAAGGGGGGACAAAUUUAUGGGGAGAAGCACUCCAAGUCUCCUGCUCUGUCCACAUGGGGUGAUCCUGUGCUGCUGAGGACUGAGGUCCAGCUGACAGCUUCUGAAGAGGCAGAGUGCCAUUGGGCAGACACAGAGCUGAACCGCCAGAGGAAACUCUUCUGCAGUAAAGUCGAAGGAUAUGGAAGCAUUUGUAGUUGCAAGGAUCCAGCACCCAUAGAGUUUAAUCCUGACCCACUGCCUAACAACAAUGUCUACAACGUCCCAGUAGCAGUUAUAGCUGGAAAUAGACCAAACUAUCUAUAUAGGAUGCUGCGCUCUCUUCUUUCCUCCCAUGGUGUCAAUCCACAGAUAAUCACUGUUUUUAUUGAUGGCUACUAUGAGGAACCCAUGGAUGUGGUGGAUCUCUUCGGUCUUAAAGGAGUUCAGCAUACGCCUACCAGUAUUAAGAAUGCUAGAGUGUCACGGAUGCUGCGCUCUCUUCUUUCCUCCCAUGGUGUCAAUCCACAGAUAAUCACUGUUUUUAUUGAUGGCUACUAUGAGGAACCCAUGGAUGUGGUGGAUCUCUUCGGUCUUAAAGGAGUUCAGCAUACGCCUACCAGUAUUAAGAAUGCUAGAGUGUCACAGGAACCCAUGGAUGUGGUGGAUCUCUUCGGUCUUAAAGGAGUUCAGCAUACGCCUACCAGUAUUAAGAAUGCUAGAGUGUCACAGCUAUGGGAUUGGGACAUGUGGAUGCGGAUGCCCGAACAGAGGAAUGGGAGAGAGUGUGUCAUUCCUGAUGUCUCCCGCUCUUAUCACUUUGGCAUUAUUGGCUUAAACAUGAAUGGUUACUUCCAUGAAGUUUACUUUAAGAAGCACAAGUUCAACACUAUUCCGAAUGUUCAGAUGAAAAAUGUAAAUAGCUUGAAGAAAGAUGCAUAUGAGAUUGAAAUCCAAAACCUUCUACGUGGGGCUGAGGUUCUGGACCACAGUAAAAACCCAUGUGAAGACUCAUUUAUCCCAGACACGGAGGGAAAGACCUUUGUAAUGUUCAUCCAAAUGGAGCAGGAGACAGAUACAAACACCUGGACAGAACUGGCGAAGUGCCUGCACAUAUGGGACCUGGAUGUACGAGGUUAUCACAAAGGACACUGGAGGCUCUUCAGAAAGAAGAACCAUGUACUAGUAGUGGCUAUUCCAAUCUCACCAUACUCAUUUAGAGCAGUCCUAAUCCCACCCAAAGGGCCUUUCCUAACCACUAACAGACAAAGCCUAUGUCAGGCCAAUAAUGGGCCUUGUGCUACUCUUCAGGCCAAUGCAAGACAAAAGGGGUGAACUAUAGGAUGAACCUGACUGAACCGUCCUGAGCCUCUAGGAACUGCAGGCUUUUGAAACUAGAAUGAUAUAAGUGUGGAUUUCUAAAAAUGGUGUGAUGUGACCUUCUCUUUUGGUGGUAUGUAUUUUACAGUGAGAGCUUUUCCUGGGGUCAUGAAAUUUCAUGUGUGUUUAUGCUGGAAGGUUUGACAUUAGAAAAUAAUUGAUAGAUGUUUUACUGGUACUAUAAUAAAAGCCAGAGCUGGUUUGCGUUACUGAAUUGUGACAGCAGAUAACGUCAAACCAGGACACUGCGAAAAAGGGAUUAAGAGGAUAUGGCAGACAUAAGAUACUUUUUAACACUACUGAGUGCUUUUGGGCCAUCCUGCGCAUAUGUUUUAACUUUAAUCUAUUUAUUUUGUCAAUAUUAAGAUAA